UCACUCCCGCGCUCUAGUGAUUCACAGACGUCUGAGACAACAUGAUCGCCUUGGUACUGUGCGCCCUGGUCGCCGCGGCGGCUGCGGCCCCGCAUUUCGACUACCCCAGGAGAGAGUUCCUGCCUCAGCUCCACAGACAAGCCCGCCCCUACAUCAGUGAUGAUAUCUUCGACACAUCACGAUUCUGGGCCGACAUGUCCAGGGAAAUGAAGGAGUUCGAAGAUAUGAUGAACGAGUUUACCCGCAACUUCCCCACCAGCACGUCACAGGAGGGCUUCGAAGGUAACGAAUACAAAAUAACCAUUCCUUUAACCGACUUCGAAGAGAAAGACAUUGUUGUGAAAGCCCGCGAAGGAUUGUUGAUGGUGCAGGCGAUACACAAGUACAAGAGCUACUUGGAUAUAAGGACACUGCCUGACAAUGUGAACGUAGCUGGUAACUGGGUGUUCGACAAGGGAGUGUUGAGGAUCACGUUCCCGGUGAAGAGUGGAUCUAGUUCACCAGCCCCUGUCCCGACCACAACGCAAACACCGUCCUUUGAGACUGAACAACCGACUUUCGGUGGCAGUCGGGAGGAGAUUGAGACUAAUUCGAAUGUGGGCGUUUUGGACGCUGAUGUUGGACUGGGUAGAGGAGACCAAGACAAAGCCACGGAGCUGAAGACUAACGAGAUCCCACAAGGGAACACCGUCGAAGCCACCACUUAUGCCGUGGACUUGAAAGAUGAAGUAGAAUUCGUUCCAAUCAAGUACUAGACUGUUUGUUGUAAAUAAAGAUAUUUAAGAAACUUUAA